CGAAGAAAAAAUAUCUCGGAACUAAUGUUAUAGCGUUUUGUUUUGGGGGAAUAAUUACUAAGUGGGACCAACUCGCCUGAUACGGGUUGUAGACUGUCAUUUGGCUUGGGUGCAACCUGGUGAAAGAACUGUCCUGAAGAGGAGUUCCUCUAGAUCUCGGAGGGAAUGUUACUGUCCUCUGCUCUUCGUGAGUGCUGUGCAAAGCACUACGUACAUAGAGCAUUUUGUAAUGCCCAGAAAUGUGUUAAAAGCCUGAAUGUCUGUGGACUAGCAUCCUCCACCAGCCAGCUGUUUGUUAGGAGAAACCCUCAGCAUUUUGCUAAGCAGACACGAGGGGUUAAAACCCACAAGCAUAGGCAACAGGAGGAAUGGAAGCAAAAAAACAAGACCAUCUUGACGUAUAUUGCAGCAGCUGGCGUCGGAAUGAUCGGCAUGUCGUAUGCUGCAGUGCCACUCUACAGACUGUACUGCCAGGCGUCCGGACUGGGAGGCGCAGCAACAGCAGGACACGAUUCAGAUUUAGUGGAGACAAUGCAGCCGGUUAAGGACCGGAUUAUCAAAGUCACCUUCAAUGCCGACACACACGCCAGCCUCCAGUGGAACUUUCGUCCUCAGCAGUCCGAGAUCUAUAUUGUGCCAGGAGAAACUGCACUGGCAUUUUACACAGCCCAGAAUCCCACAGAUAAACCUGUAAUAGGAAUCUCUACAUACAAUGUUGUGCCAUUUGAAGCUGGCCAGUACUUUAACAAGAUUCAGUGCUUCUGCUUUGAGGAACAGAGGUUAAACCCUCAUGAAGAGGUGGACAUGCCUGUUUUCUUUUACAUUGACCCAGAGUUUGAUGAAGAUCCCAGGAUGGCUCGAGUUGACACAAUUACACUUUCCUAUACCUUUUUUGAAGCCAAAGAAGGACAGACAUUACCACUUCCUGGAUACAGUUAAACCAGCAGCACAUGCUGUAUUUUUCAGAGACUUAACAUUUCGAAUAAACCAUAAAGAGAGUGGAAUUAAUGGAAUGAUGAGUUGCUAAAUGUUUUAAAUUAUUUUUACCAGCAUAUUAUCUGUGUUUAGACUGAAGCCAAUUCACAGUGACCAUGUUAUGAUGCUCCAUUUGAAAGACCACUGAAAUGUAGUGAUGUAGAUGAUAUCUUCUACAGUGCAAUAAAUCAACCAGGGACUGAAGAUCGUGAUUCGAAA